AUGAAGCAUAUUCCGCGCUGGAAGAGACCACAGUCCCUGGUCAUAACGCCGACUCCAACUCUCAGCAGAACGACAACCACAACCACAACGACACAAUUUCCCCAAAGUCAAUGCCGGAGAUAUGUAUCACAAGGUCAAGGCCAACGUCGACGAUAUGCAUCCGCAUCACCAGCAGCAUCUAGCCAACGCAGGCUCAAUGUGCCCAUUGACUUCGCCACCAGCCCUCUUCUGCACCAGACGUCCAAGACAUUCGGACGCACGCCGGGUCUACCAGCGGGGGCGGACCUCGAGGCCACGGGCGGCUCACAGCGGUUGAAUCUGUAUCAGGCGGUCAACGCGGCGUUGCGCACGGCGCUGGCCGAGUCGAGCAAGGUGCUGUGCUUCGGCGAGGACGUGGCGUUUGGCGGCGUGUUCCGCUGCACGAUGAAUCUGCAGGACGAGUUUGGGCCGGACCGGGUGUUCAACACGCCCAUCACCGAGCAGGGCAUCGUGGGCGCCGCCAUCGGCAUGGCCGCCGAGGGCGCCCGGCCUGUGGUCGAGAUCCAGUUCGCUGACUACGUGUUUCCCGCCUUCGACCAGAUUGUAAACGAGGCGUCCAAGUUCCGCUACCGGGAAGGCGCGACCGGCGCCAACCUGGCCGGCAUGGUGAUUCGAAUGCCGUGUGGAGGGGUGGGACAUGGUGCUUUAUAUCACACUCAAUCUCCCGAGUCGCUGUUCUCCCACAUCCCCGGGUUCAAAGUAGUGAUGCCGCGAUCACCCAGCCAGGCCAAAGGCCUCCUGCUCUCGGCGAUCCUGCAGUCGCCAGAUCCCGUCAUCUUCAUGGAACCCAAGAUCCUGUACCGGGCGGCGGUCGAGGAGGUGCCCAACGCGCUGUACACGCUCCCGAUCGGCCAGGCCGAGGUGCUGAAGCCCGGGGCCGACGUGACCAUCAUCUCGUACGGCCGGCCGCUGUACACGUGCAGCGCGGCCAUCGAGGCCGUGGAGAAGGAACGGCCAGACAUCAGCGUGGAGCUGAUCGACCUGCGCACCAUCUACCCGUGGGAUCGGCCCACCGUGGUCAAGAGCGUGGCCAAGACUGGCCGCGCCAUCGUCGUCCACGAGAGCAUGCUGAACUAUGGCGUCGGCGCCGAACUCGCUGCCACUAUUCAAGAUCAGGCCUUCUUACACCUCAAAGCCCCUGUCAAGAGGCUGGGGGGUUGGACCACCCAUACGGGUCUGGCGUGGGAGAAACUGAUCUUCCCGGAUGUUACCAGGGUGUAUGAUGCCAUCCACGAGGUUCUCGACUACUGA